GUGCCAGAGACGCUGUUCUUGUGCGGUAACCUUAUCGAUCGAUUCCUUUCCGCACGCGUCGUUUCCCUUGCAAAGUUGCAACUAGUCGGUAUCACUUGCCUUUUUGUCGCGGCAAAGGUUGAAGAAAUUGUGGCUCCAUCCGUUGCGCACUUCUUGUACUGUGCCAAUUCUUCGUACACUUAUCUUCGCCAACCAGAGUGCUAUGUCUUGAAGACGCUCGACUGGAAUUUGAGUUAUCCCAGCCCAAUGCACUUCUUGAGGCGGAUCAGCAAGGCAGACGAAUAUGACGUGAAGGCUCGCACGAUUGUCAAGUACUUCCUCGAGAUUCAAUGCCUAGAGUGGAGAUUGUUGGCUGCACCUCCAUCAUUGAUAGCUGCUGCUGCUAUUUGGCUUGCCAGGCUGAUUUUGGGUCAGGAUAAGUGGACUCCGAAUCUUGCUCAUUACUCGUCCUACGCCGAGAGUACCAUCAUUCCUACCGCAAACUUGAAAAAGAUUAUCUGUAAUGGUAACAUCAUCGGUAGUGGAAACGACAGGAGAAAAGGCGUUUGA